CGCAGAGUCUGCGGGAGCUGGGACCUUCGUAAGUUGUUGGCGUCACUAAAUUCUGCAGCCGCGGGUUCCGCUGACAGGAAGUUGCAGGUAUCCAUUCCCGAAGAAGGCCUACGUCGCUUCGAAGUGAGCGCAGCCUUCUCCUUUUUGCGUUGGUCGCGUGAUAUGAUACCCAGACAUCCUCCACGAUGGCGGGAUGCAAAAAGCUUUGAGCUGGUUUGCAAUGAUGGCGUUGAGGAAAACGGAGCGACGUGUCGGGAGAAGGAUAUCGUGGUCCCGCACGACGCCCAGAAAAUUUCAAGGAGUGGUCAGUGGUGCGCAUCAUGUCAGCAGCAGGUCAACAAGGGAAAGAAGAUUCACGAGCUGAUAAACGUUGGGCGCGAGUCGAUCGAUAAAACGAUCGACCAGGCCGAGUCUGAGUCUCUGAGACGUGAAACCCGUGCGGAGGUGGAUGUAGUAAAUGUCUUGGAAAAGGGCGAGCGAGGGUACAGUAUGGCUGACUGCGAUGUUCCAAUCCCAGGCAACAUUAUUUGUUCUCCUAACCGGGCUUCUGGAAGCAGGCGUCUGUUUGGAAAGUGGGCCGCAGAUGUCCGUCGGUCGCGCGUGCAGCAGAAUCGGCGGAUGGGCGUUAGUAAAAUUCGCGAGUUUUGCGGCGCUCCAUGGAUAUGCUCGGGCUUCGUUGUUGGUCUCGUCAUAAAAUCAUGCAUGCCCGACGAUGUGAACGUGUCACUGGCGUGCCUUUUUUUCCUGCUUGGGCGACAGGUGGAGGACUGGAGCGUACACUACACUCGUAUUGUUUAUCAUAUCAAGAAUCAAACACCUUCGCAGCUUGUCAAGGACAUUCAUCCGCCGCCGCUGCAUGCGGGAAUUGUACGAUUCGGGGGGCGAUGUGGCAGCGUUGCGCGUCUGAUGACUUGUGCGCUUCUCAUGCAUGUAUGCAUGCAUGCAUGCAUGCAUGCACACUUUUCCAAGAUCCGAGAUGAAGACCUCACCAUUGUGUUGGCCGCGAAGUUCACGCAUGAGAUGGCUUACUAUCGUUCGAAGAAGGCCGUGCGACACUGCCGGCGCGCGCUGCGCGGCAUAGAAGAUGACCAAAGUAUGGCACCUGCAGGUACCCAAACUCUCCGCAGAUCCCUUACUUUCGUCAUUGCAAGCAGCAUGUUCGCAUGUCUGUUUGAGCCCGCCGAUGCUACGACGGCAACGGAUGCUACGCUGGCUGGCCAUGAGGAGAGCGAUGCGGCCGGCGCUCGCGAAGCAAAGCAGUGCUCUGCUUCGCUGGCUCGGAAACCCAUCGCGGGUAGACGUCCAUCAGACCGCUGGAAGCUGGAAGCCGGCAGAGUUGGCAGAGCCCAUGCCCAUGCCCCUUUGGCGCGCCAUCGGCCAGUCUGGUGGCCCAAUGAUUGCGAAUGUGGGAAUAAUGGCUUUGGCACCACGCCGCGAUAUCCGAUAUCCGUCGUCAAACGAAUUCUAUUUGCUGGCUCCAGCGCAGCGCAGCGCUGCUACACUCCACGCAGAGCCUGCAGAGACUUUGUUUGCAAGAAGCACUACCCCUCCGACCAAUAA